GGUAAUCUCCGCAAGAGCCAUGCCGGCCGGCCGGGCGGCGCCACCGCUGCCGCUGCUGCUGCUGCUGCUGCUGCUGGCUGCUGGCCCCCUCCUGCUCGGCUCAGGUGGCGUGGCCGGCGCCAGCAACCCCGGCCUGGCCUGCUACCAGUGCAACGUGACCGACAACCUACAGUGCGGGGAGCCGCUGCCCUGUCCGACGGACCAGGCGUACGACCGCUGUAGGACCACGAUCCGCAGACGAGGAGGAGGCGUCAAAACAAUCAUCAAGGACUGCACGCUCGGCAAGUGCUGGCUGGACGGUGGCGCCACCUCUGCGCUGGGGCUGGAUCAGUGCGACACCUCGCGACCAAACGUCGAGUGUGUUCACUGCUGCGAGGAGAGCGGCUGUAACGCCUCAUCAGCUCAGCGCCGGCGAACGCUGGCCGGAGCUGUGGCUGCCGUUAUUUUGCUCUCCAUCCUCAUACAGAUGUUGUGAUAGCCUGAUCGGCGUCCGGUCGAGAAUCUGAAGCAUCAUCCCGUCGGCCAGCGAGCGGGCAGCAAAACUUCAGAACGCUGCAGGCGAUUCGCUCGCAAUGGCGGGGAAAGCUCAAAUCGGGUAAAAGGUGCAUUGACGUUUAUCAGCUUUUCAAGCUGCUGUAUGUGGCUGGAAUUUGUCUCUGAUCCUCAGCUUUGCACCAUCGUCACAUCUCGCGGACACAUCCAUCACUGCACAUAAGGAACAAUCGAAAGUAUUUUAACGUAGACAUUGAUGUCACUCGAAUCACAUUGUCACCAUCGAUGUCACCCUAGAUGGCAGCAAAAUAUGCCAAACCGCACCAUAAUACUAGCUGUGUGAAUGAAGCCAGAUAGCAAAGAAUCUGCUAAUACCAUAUUCUACCAAUUUGAACAGCAUUGAUGUUGACCAUGUCGGAAUAUUUGAAUCACCACAUUUAUGCAAGACAUUACACUUGCGAGUAGAUAGAUGAUCUCCAUGCCAAAUGAACUGACUCGUUUGCGGCUAAACACUUGCAGGCUGGAGGAUGAGUAACGAUAAGAACAGGUAAAGCUGGGGUCACGAAUUGUCUGCGUUAGUCAUAUGUAAGUGGGUAGAGUGGGAAGAGAAAAGGAAGAAAAUGAGGCACACAGCCAACCUACACCCGUCACUGACGGCGCUGAACAGGUCAACCUAGAACGGAUUUGCCCUGGUCCGCGACUUUUUCCUUCACGAUGAUCAAGCACCUGCUAAUCUGAGGAACCAGAAGCCCGCGCCCAAGACCAUAAAAAUGGCAUCCAAACAUUCGUUGGUAUCUUGACUUAUACCCUUUUCGAGCCAGAAGACCUUUGAACACAUCAAUUAAGGACCUCAUGGUUAAGCACUGUUUUGAAGCAACAUCAGACUGUCACUUCUUGCUCGGCAGCCCCUUGAUUUCAUUUAUUAUUUCAUUUCAUUCAUUACAAUGUUAAUUGCAAUCGAUACCCUGCGCAUGUCCCCAUCUUCUAUCCAUGCGAAGGCAAGAGCAAGUUCGUCUACCUCAAUUAGAACAUACCUUGUAGGUCUUUGGCGGGGUUGUUAAGACUUGCAUUGCUGUUAGUAUAUGUGCCGUGCGUGAAUCCAUUGACGUAAUACAACACACAAUACA